AUGCCUUCAUUCACCAGAACCCUCCUCGCCCUCGCCAUCUCGCCUAUCGCGGUCCUCGGCCACGGACAUGUCCGCGAUGUUAUCGUUAACGGCGUGACCUACCCCGGCUACGAGCGCUAUGAGAACCAGGACUUGAGCAAGGUCGUGGGCUGGCCUUUCACGACGGAGGACGAGGGCCCCGUUCCGGUCAGCAGCCUCAACGACCCCGACAUCAUCUGCCACCAGGGCGCAACCAAUGCAAAGGCCUCCGUCCCCCUGAACGCAGGUGAUGAGAUUACCAUCCGUCGCUUCAACGAGAUUGGCGGCUUUGAACACCCUGGUCCCGAACUGCAUUACCUCGCCCCGUGCGGUGACGAAGGUUGCGAUAAGGUCGACAAGACGAAGCUCGAGUUCUUCAAGUUCUACGAGCUGGGCCUGGUCAAGGCGGGCGAGGCCGACGAUCCGGAGUGGGAUACGCAGCGAUGGGCCACCACCGAGGUCCACAAGCACGUGUAUGCGGAGGGCGACGGUUUCAUCGACACGUUCAACGUCACCAUCCCCAAGAAUAUCAAGCCGGGGCCUUACGUCUUGCGCCACGAGCUCUUUGGUCUGCACAUGGCCGAUCAGGGCAAGGCCGAGUUCUAUCCUCAGUGCAUCAACCUCGUGAUCAACGGAUCAGGCACCGAGUCCCCCAAAGGGACGCCCGCAACCGAGUUCUACAAGAACAGCGACCCCGGCAUCGACAUCGAUAUCUGGCUCAACCUCAAGUCGUACGAGAUCCCCGGGCCCGCGCUCUGGACGCCGCAGGCGAACGGCAUGCAGUCCAAGCGCCAUGCUCGGAACUUCGUGUACUAG